AUGACACAAAUCUUACUAGAAAAUAGGUAGGGUACCAUACCUAAUGCUAUCAUAUUUCUAUGAAAGUUUCGCCGCGGCUACGGAGGAGGAGAUUGUAAACGCAUUCAAGGCACUGGAUACGGAAAAGACAGGCUUCAUUCCAGUGGACGUGUUGGAAGAACACAUGACAAAAGAAGGUGAACCCCUUACAAAGGACGAAAUGGAAGAAAUGCUCGCAGCCGCAGUGGAUGCCCAAAAAAGGGCAGUAAAUUAUCGAGAAUAUUCGAUUGUUUUGGCCAAUACAAAACUGUGUGAAUAGCAGUCACUAGUAAAGGAUUUUCUGUCGAAAUAUACCUCACAUUUCUUAUGCCCUGCCAUUUGUUGUUUACAUUGGAAAAAAACAACAAAAGUGCUGUCGCUGAAAUAUUUUUUUAAGAAGUUAUAUACUGAGCUUAUUUAACAUGACACAGGUGUACUUUCGACAAAAAACUUCUACUUUCGCCGAAUUUUAAAUUUAUGACGGGCCAUAUUCUGUCCCGCUGAAAUUUACAACCCUUGUUCUAAUUGACUUUGCGUUGACGCAUGUAAUUUUUUGAUAAAGCAGUUUGGCUAUUUCAGGUACGUUGUAGUUUUUCAAAAAGUUCGUCAACGUAUCAAAAGUAAGGAGCAUGUUCAAAAUAAAAAUUCUUUUUGGGUUUGCUAGUACAAUUCAUAAAACAACUUGAUGUUACGUAUGUUAUAACUCGAGCUAUAACACACGUUAAUUAAGUCUGUUGUGUGAACUAUGCCAGCAAUUCCAAACAGCUGCUAACGUGACGCGGAAGAUAUCACUUUCACGGCAUGGUAGCAGCUGUAAACAUGAAGCAGUGAUUUAAAUCUUUAAAAGCUGUGAGAAACGGGUUAGGGUUUUGCAUCAAAUUGAUAAUUUACUGUUGUUCUACAGUUCUGGCCGUCAGCUCACACUUGUCUUUUUUGCUAAAACUAGCGGACUAAAAUUAAAACUUGCUGAAAGUAAUGAAGUAGGUUGUUUAAAAAUAUGCCUUUGGUAGGGACGAAUGCUAUAGAAAAUAAAUUAGCCAAGGAACUUGAAAAUUAUUUCUUUAAACGCUGAUCUCGGAAAGCCAAAAGUGUUGUAUUAUUCCUCAGUAUGCUUUCUUGUCUGUAGCCGCUAAUAUCCGGUUUUGAGAUAAUCUUAACACUCAAUAUUUCUAAAUAUGACUAAUGUCUCUGGGUUGGAAACACACUUUUACAAGGCCUAUGCAUGCUAAGUGAUAUAACAUUUUGAAAGCUACAACUACUCCCAGGAAACGCGUACUAUGCGCUUUCAGCAAGUAAAGUUCGCGGAGGCGCAUUUCCUCAAAGUUAAUGCAGACAAUUAGUUCCUAAAAGGAAAUGUCGAAAUGUUGAAUUCAAAACUUAUAUAUAGUUCUAGUUGACCCCGUACUGUGGUCUAGUGUGUUCUGCUGCGAAAUGUCAAUAUUGCUUUCAAUAACAAGGUUCACGUUAACCUUAGGUCGUAUUUUUUUAAAUAUGAAUGCAUGAUCUUACUUCGAAGCAAAUGAUUAUUUGCCGGUAAGAAAAGGUGGAAUAAAUAUGAUUUGCCCGAAAGUCCUUCAAAUUGACCAUUAUCAUUUUAUUUAUGCUUCCACUUCUCUGUUGUAGUGUUUUCGCAGACAUGCAGAAGCUACUCAUUUGACCCUCUUUAUCUAAGGACAAGCCACAGUUGAGAGUAGGACAGUAUCGUAGUUAUCGGAUUCAAAAUUGCAUUUCUCAUCCUUUUUUGGAUAACGUAGACCUUUUGAUGUGUUCGAUUACUUGUCAUCAGCCCUUUCUUCUUUCACUCUGCCGACUUCGGUUUUCUUAAAAAGGUGUCUGCUACUUACUCAAAUGACCUUUGAUAUUUAGGCUCAUGCCGUCAACUAAGGCAAGUUAUCAUUUUAGCACUAAGGAUCCCGGUAAUUGAGGAUUAAAAAUGACACGUUUUCAUACAAAUACAUCACGGUGGCUAGAGCUUUGGCUGUACUAAUGCCGUUCCCUUGCUGCCGUGGGUUCGAAUCCCACCGAGGCGCCGAGGUGUUCACAGCUGGGCUAGUAUGAAUCGUUCAAAUUCUGCCAAAAUAAUUAGGAAUUGCGUGGGUCUGAUAGUCAUUUGGUGGAUUCUAGGUUGAGUACUUACAAAAUCCUGCUUGGACAGUCAGCUUGCUGCAUCAGAUUUUGGUGGAUUCCAGGCGCUGCUGUGGGUUGGAUGUCAACUUGAUCUAAAUGUGACUAAACUCACGUCUCCCGGUGGCGCCUUUUAGAUCAUGCGGCUAGGAUGUUGGCUGUAUCAAAGCUUUUUCUCUGCUAUCGUGAUGCCGAGUUUUUAUUAGUUGGGCCAAUAUGGAUUAAGUAUCUGUUGGAGGUGGUUUAGGUGUGAGGGAGAAGUUUACCCUUUGAUGACCGAAGAUGAUGAUUUUUUCGAGAAUUUUUGCUGAACAGAUGUAUACGGAAAAAGUCGCGUUGCACCAAUAAGUACAAAUCAAGUCGACAUAGUUAAAUAACUGAAGUAUGGCGAGAUAGGCAUGCAGUGAUAAUUUCAAUUGAAGCCUUGCGACGAAAACUUGGUUAAAAGGUUGAGACCAUAUGGGAGAUAAAACUGUCAUCGCUCAGAAGUGAAGGCCACGAGGGAAUGCGGCCGAGAACUAACCACAACAGUGAAAAUUAGGAAUCUCAGUAGAAUACCCACAUGGCGACAUCUUCGAUAUAGAUCUACCGCACGUAAACAAGUUAUCAUCACAGGAGGAGACGGUUUUCCAUUACUACAGUAAAAAAGGCUAACACAGACAUUCCGGAUUAGCUUAACUCACUCAGUUAUUUGAAGAUCGGAAAAUUUUUCCAUUUUAAACACCCGAGCCCCUCUCCAAAAUUAGAUGGAUUAAUUAGACUAAGGUGACCGACAAGCAGUUGUUUGUACGUGUAGUAUAAAGCAAGGUUUUUUCGACACAUCUUUGAUGUACUAGACUCGAGAAAGUGCACAGCGAAGUCUGUCUUGUGCAGAGGUCCCGUUAUGUGUCAUAAUGCGGAAUGUCAUAGGCAAAAAGCCCGCACUUUCCGUCAUUAGCUGACUCGAAGCUGUUCUCCCCUGUUUAUGGAAUGAGCGUCUCAGUCAGAAGGUAUUAUGGCAAGGGCAUGGUUUAUGCCCAGGGUCACUUCAAGGAACAAUUCUGCUAACAGAGAAUAACUGGCGAUGCACAUUUGUUCUUGCCGGAGAAAGAAAUAAAAGACCUCGCGCUGGCCGUUGUAUGAGAGUGUUCAAGAUACUUUAAGGUAGUCAUCGGAGUAAAAAUAUGACCAUAUUAUGUCUUUCUAAAAAUGUCCACAAAGGGUCAUUAAAUGCGUCUGCUAUUAUCUUUAAAUGGCAAAAAUAGUGUCCCCUUUUAAUCGGCAACAAUAUGCAUGAUGCAAAUUUGUGAUAACACGAAGUUCUUAGAUGCUCGACUCCUUUGCUCAACACUAGUGCUUCCCGGUUUACGUAACACUGGCCAUAAACCAUAUGGCUUGCGGGUCCUACUGCCGCUGCCAGUUUUUGAAACUGAUGAGUUACUGUACGCUCUUAAGCUCAGUUGCGAUUUUUCAUGGAGCCCAGUUGUGGAGGCGAACCCUCGCCCAGGACAUAUUAUAAUAGUUACACUUCUCAUGAACUUGGUGCAAGACUAUGGGUAGCAAAGUGUUAAAUGCUUCAGAUAUAGGAGUUUUCGAACGUCAUUGUUUCAUCUCCUGUUUAAUGCCACAAUCAUCCUAUGCUUUCUCAGGCGUCUUAUGAAUCUAAAUUCCUGACCAAAAGACUGCGAAAAUCAAAUCCGUCCCUAAGACAUUUUCUGAAGAGGAGACAACUUGGUUAGAUCGCCCCAGUAUUUGGAACAAUACACAGCGACGGUGAAAAUUUUGUACAUAAAUUUCACUUGAGAUGUGUGCACAUUACGCUGCCCGUACUGAGUUCUACAUAUCACGCGGCAGGUCCCUGACAAUCGGUCAGUGAAAAUCCUGAACGCGGGCUCGGAAUUUAUAAGCGCAUAGUGGCCACUCCCAUUAACGCUUGAUGAUUCUCCAUACCAUGUACCCCACUAUAGUUCCAAUUACCCACAGAUUCUGCUAACUUUCGUGUCCAGCAUAGGUCCUGCCUGUAGAUAGCCUUCUGUUUUACAUAUAUAGCAUUGAGAAUGCACCUCCCCGAACAUAGGUUCAUUUGUGCCUACACCGUUACUCUUCUGGCCUAAGAACAUUGGGACUUUGAAUGCUUCUUGGUUGCAGACAACAAGAACUUUGAAAUAUACACUGAAUUGACCGGAACAUUGUCAUUUACGAUUACGCUAGAAAUAACCUCUAAAUAGGAGCUCCUCCGGACCAGUGUCGCGGAAUUUGGACGGCAGCACUUCUCUCAAGCGUAAUUUAAUCUCUAAACAUGAGUCAACCUGGGAUGGGGAAUACGGUUUUCAAAGUAGCUAUUGGUUUUGUCAGAUGCACCAGGAAUCCAUUCAGAGUAUUUAAUAUUCCAUUGCAAACCGAAUUCUCACUCUUCAAGAUGAAGUCAGAUUAAUUCGAGUAUGCGAUGCUCAUCUAGCGAAUAGUCGUUAGUUUUAAUGAUGAGAAUGCGUGUGUAAACCCACGUUAGAAACGGAAGACUCGUCAAGGGAUGAGGUGUGCAUUAUUGCCUGUCAUCACAAGCGCCUAUAACUAGACGUUCGUCAGCGGAAUCAGUCAACUGCUGGAUCGAUAUCCUACCUGGGUCGACGAAAACCUCCUUGACAAAGUCUGCUGGCUGUCCACCUAAAUAAAAACCCCAAACUGCUUCAAAACAUUAAAAAACUCGUAGCCGUUCUGGUCAGCAUCACGUUCGACGGUUAGAUCGCGGAUAUCGGAAAACAGUUACCGGUUUUGGGCCAUAUUAAAUAUGUAUCUCCAAAGGGCGGACGAAACCCAGCACUCAGGCCGCCUCUCAGAAUCCAGUUGACGAUGGUUAGACGAUAUUCGGAAUGUUCCAGACGAACGCCAUCCCUUUAUCAAUCUGAUGGCUCUGUGCAUAGCUGCGGCAAGCGAGAGCUGUCGGCGAAUUCAUCAACUACACUAAGGUCUUAUUUCCUCCCGCGCAAAGAGGAUCUGUAUGCCUCUUUCUCGUGGUUAACCAACUACAAAUCUAGGUAUGAAGCAUGCCUACACGCUUAGACUUAGACUUCAGAAAUGCCAGCAGUAUUAGUACAGGUCGAGGGUUAUUUCGAUAGAGGAGACUGCCAUAUGAAGUAGAAUCUGUUCCCCGUUAACUUCGGUCAUUGCUUGACAUUCUUGUCAAGGAAAUACCGCGCGUCUACAUAUGCCUUGACAGCUUAUAAGAGACCAACUCAUCCCCGUCUAGUCAUCCGAGGACCCUUAAGUUAACAGGUCAGGUAGAAGUUGUUUUCUAGCUCAAGAAAGAUAACUGCACAUUUCUUGCUGAACUGGUGGAUUGCUUGGGUGUUCAGUUGGAUAAGACAGGUCUUAUCCGCUGGAACAUAAGAUCGAAACUCCGGAAUCAUCACCGCGCUUGGUCAUGGUAGUCAGUUACUUUUAUUCUUUGGAUAGGUUGCUCAAAUUUGGUCGUUUCAAGAAUCAGCAAGCUAUCGCGUGCUUUAAAAAAAUCGUCAGAGGAUAAAAAAUGAUUUAAACCGACAAAAACGGCUCUAGUCUGCUCAUCUGACCUGAUUCACUACGGCCUCGAUAAAAGCCUGUCAUACAGAAAUUUUGCUCAUCUAUAUUCCCUGAGUGCUCAAUUAGCACACACGCAUGCACUAAAUGCCUUCUGAUGUCGUAAUGACGAUGUUUUUGCACAUAAGACCACACAGGCGGAAAUAAACUAUUCACAGCUAGAUGAGUACGUCUAACUAAGGAUUUUUGGCAAAAAACUCUUCACUCUGUACUUUACUGACUGCAUCUCCGAGAUUCAUACCGACCGCAAACAUCGGUCGAAGUGGACACUUAAUCAUUUCGCAUAUACGGCAAAAUGUGUUACAGGUAGCGCAAACAUAGUGGCUGUCGCCUUGAGUAGGCUCGCAACACUGACGACGUUGUUAAGGACACGCCCGUCCUUAAGACCCUUAUCUGUUAUAGAUAUUAGUCGGCACACUCAGAACCUGCCAUCGAUAUGACGUGCACACCUGACUCCGAACAGUUACGCCUAGAGAAAAUAUCUGUGCACGGUUGGCGCCUGAAGAGAACUGAUGUCUGGCGGUAGUUCGAGGGAGCCAGGAAAGAACUGAAAAUUUUGCCUUAGAAGUUCAAAGAACCGUGUGCCAAUAUUUCGACUAGGUUCACAUUCGCACAAGCGCAAGUGGUAAAAAUUUUGAGAAGUCCAAACUGGCAGCAAACUCUGACGUUGAUACCGGCGUUCAAAUGACAGAAGAACCACUACCUACGAAGAACACCACAACACCAGCCGAGGUGUUUGUCUCUCAUCCUCCUACCCGAAAAGCGCCAACUUAGAUUUUAAAGAACAGCCGACUCCGCAAAGCAGCUCAGGAUCAAAAAUACCGCCGUGAAACGACCAGUCCGUAUCUGCCAUUCCAAACAGAUCUUGGGGCCGGAUCCCACUAGAGCGUCUGUUCAGUAUUCAUUAUUGAAUUUACUGCCUUUCUUAUCUUCCCCGAUACCGGUCACUUCAGGGUGGAGGGAUGCGUUGUAUGCUGCCGCACCGACUCCUGGAUGCCACACCACAUGCCCUUGACGAAUAAACCUUCAAUAUUAUGAACACUUGAUCAGAAUUUCUAGGCACUGAUUGGUCAGCUAUCGACUUAUGACGUUUUUCAUGCCAUGUACUCCUUGAUAGCUCCCCAGACGUACUACGUGGGCUGUUCUCUGUACCCAAUACAAGUUCUGUUUGCAAACAGUCUUCUGUUUUACGUGUAUAUCGGUCUGCUGGUGGCUUCCAGUCAGAACUAAGGUGGAAUAUUAAGGAACUGGGCAACGGCGCAAUUUUGAUUCACUGAGUGUCGAGAGUAUUGUCUCCAUUUCAUCGUGUGCUGCAUGCCAUUGGACUUCGCUGCCUUGCUAGUCAAUUUGUGAUGUGGCUGGCGCUAGCCAUGUAGGAAUGGUCUUUUAUUUGUAGUGUUGCUCUGUUUAGCCAUGCCUUUUCAUCAUGUCUUUCACGGACAGCAAGCAUUGGUCCAGUGAUAUAACUACCCACUGACGGCUGACAACGAGCUUUAAUGUAGUGGUUGAUCAGGCAUAAGGUCCACGUCUGUUAGUGUUAGAAGAUGCUGGCUGCUCCCUGCCGUCCGAACCGAUUCUGUAUAAUCCCGACACAGCAGUAACCCCCAUCGGAUCUAAUAUAUCACUUUAAACAGUUGCUGUUCUGCGGCCGCUACGCAGAGUUCAGCUUCAUGGAAAACUGAGUGCCGCGUGUAAACGGGAUGAAAAAGUCAGGACGACUUCUAUACGUAUAACGUUUAUACACGUUACUAGGGCACCUGAUACACCCGAGUGCAACAAUCGCCCCAUGGCAGACAAAUCGCCUUGGGCUGGAAUUGUCUGAGACAGUGCGAUGAAUGCAACGACUAGGAGCUCGGCAAGCACACGACCAAAGACUAUAUGGACGUCAGAAUACCCUUUUGACGAGUAGACUGUCGCGGAGUCAUGUUUUUCAAAUCUCACCCAGACGCAAACGAGCUAACUGCUUUUAUUUAUUAGAAUCUGGUCAAGGAUUGCCUCUAUAAGUAAACAAGUUAAACGUCAAGAAGGCUCGACCCGAAAAUACGCAAACACUUAACUAGUCAGUUUAGCUCAUCGUCGCAGACCGUUUUCCGCUACGAGUUCGACGAUAAACGCACAAGGACAAUGUUUCGGAUCAGCACCAAAACGGAUCGAGAAUCGCUUUAUACCUUGACCCCUAAUAGUAACCACACAACUGGCUUAUCGAUAUAAACAAGUAUUUGACAUACUGCAGUCUUUUGCUGGUCGGCGCGGUCGCACUUUCAGCCAAUGGUUUGCGCGGAUACGUGGGAAACCACAAUUAGCAUCUAUGCUACACUGUUUUUCCCUAGUCCAUGCGAAAAAGACUGCCAGCAUGUCUGGAAGCUACGGCAAAAUAACACGUAUCAUUGAGACGUGUACAUUUAUAUAAAGAUUUCAUGGACGCUUCAUCAGACCUUCCUUGUCAAUUUUCAUUUCAGUGCCAAUAUCUUCAAGUUGGUGUCUCAGAGGACUUUCGGCUAUUAAGUGCUAAUGUGACGACUGAUUUGUCUUCUUAAUAAAAACUAAUUCCGAGGAAGCAUGUCUCGAUUUACAAGAUACUUAGGCUUAAAUUUGGCAUGACGCAAAUAUCAUUGGAGUACUCUGCCCAUAAGCACAUGCCCUGAGCCAAGGCUCAGACCGUUUGCGACAGCCAAUAUGCCUAUAAUCGGGUUGUUAGUUUUGUCCUCUCUGCCUGACGUAGAAACCGUCCGUGUCUUUGCCGUCGAACCCGCACACCUCCUCUGUUUCUGCUACACGUAACUAAAUCUUUUGUUUAUAUGGUCCACCGGUGGAAUGCUGGCUGAGUGAUUUGAGCAACUCUCGCAUCCAGGACCUGAUUUCUCACAGAAACCAUCUCAUUUGCUGCAUGAUAUUCUUCUUUUUUAAGGGGCUCAUAAGUCCGAAACUGUCCUCCUCAACGAGCCUUCGUUCAUCACCUUCGUCGCAUUUUAAGAGACAUCAAAUAAGUUAACGUCAAACCUGGUCUUUCUGUCUUGCGAAAACAUGUCAAGAAGAACAAGACAGAAUGGACCAGACUUUAGGUGACAUCGCAACUUGUCCAUUAUUUGACAAAUGGAUGGUGAGUCACCCUUUUCGGAAAUGAGCGUAUACCGAAUUGUCUAUUCUACGGAAGCUCAGUAAAAUUGGUCUUCCUCGAGCAUUUAGUAAUCGAAAGUGUCUUAGAAUAUUUAAGAGUAACUGGGUGCUUUUUCAUCAAAACUAUCAGUUAGAAGAUCAUUUUAUGACGUGAAAAAACGUCGUUGAUAACCAAUCUCCCAGGCAACUGUUAAGGACAGUUAUUUUGUAAAACCUGCCCUGGAGUUAGGACUAAGGAAGAAUGUCCUGUGUGUUAUUAUAAACGCAUAUUACUGGUAGUCGCCAAACUGACGUUUGUUACUUUUUUUGCAUAUUCGACCCAGCGCCAGGGUCGAUGGGUCAGGUGGUCGAGCAAUCAUCACACCAACAUCCAACGCACGUGAUGAAAUUGCAGCAAUUAACGACGCGAAUAUCGGCCAUCAAACAAUCAUUACGCCAAGCACAACAACCCCCGAUGAAGGGGGGGGGGCAAUCGUGAAUUUUCAUAGGUUGUGGUAGCAUAGCGACUGCAUACUGCAGCCCCUUGUGCAUAAACCACCCGUAUCUUCUAUUGUAUCUGAUGGUGGGUUGGAGCAGGAACCCGAAACGUCAGGCGAAUAAAGCUUUUGUCCCAGCGAUCGUGUCUCCUUCUUUGCGGUCCCUUCCCGUUUAUAAAGGUGGACGGUUGUGGCGUCCCAGAAGUUCUGGGGGACUUCUCCUUGACGCCGCAUCUCCUGGAAAAGCGCCGUCGAGUGUUCCAUAAGCUGGGGCCUCCGUGCUUGUAGAUCCCAGCGGAGCUGGCGUCUGAUCCGGGCGCUCUCGCGCUCAAGAGCUGUUGCACGGCCUUGAUGGUUUCGUAGAGAGAGAGAGAGAGAGAGAGAGAGCGAGAUAGAGAGAGAGAGAGAGAGAGAGAGAGAGGGGGAGAGAGAGAAAUGUUCGGCCCAUCGCUGCAAAAUUUGUGUCAUCUCAGUAAGUAGAGUACUGUCGACGGCGCUGAGAAGAGGAGCACUGCCUUUGGCUGUGGAACCAUAGACAGCUUUGAUCGUGGCGAAGAAGUUCUUUCAUUCUUUGCAGUCCACGUAUCCUUUGAUCUCCUCGGCCUUGCGAACCGUCCAGACCUCCUACAUCUCCUGCAGUCCCAGUUGCACAAGGCGGCGACUACGGUAGAAGGCUGUUUUGUUGUCUUCGGUGGGCGAUUGACGUAGGCUGUGCGCAGUCGGUUUUUAUCGGCGAGCAGGUUGCUGGUGGCAGCGUCAUCAUCAAACCAGUCCCGCAGUUGACACCAUCGGUUCUCGACAGAGGCGUUCCCAUCAGCGGCAGCAGCGACGGGAAUGUUGGCUAGCCGUUGAUGAUGAGCAGGCAAAGACAACAAAGUAAUAUUCAGCUUACCUGGGGAUCGCUUACCUUGGGGUAUCCUGCGAGGCUGUAGACGAAUCCGCAUCUUGUAGAUGACGAGGCGAUGGUCAGUCCAGCCGUCGGCACACGGGAUCCCCUUUGUCACCAGCACGUUCCGCUGGCCUCGCCUUCGGACGAGGACAUAGUCUGGCAGAUGCCAGUGCCGCGACCGAGGGUGCAUCCACGUGGCCUUGUCUUACGUCGGAAGGCAGAAAGUAGUGGUCAGGAUGAGGCGGUGUUCUGCGCAGAUUCGUAGGAGGACUAGGCCAUUGUCGUUGGAGCCGUCGAGACCAUGGGGACCCAGCACUCCUCUCCAGGCAGCAUGGUCUGUUUGCGGAGAUGCACACAUGGACACUCUCACCUGGUUUAGUCCAUCGGUCGAGGCGGUUGUCGGGGCGUGGCCGCUAGGCAGAGCCUAGCAUCGGGGAGCCACAUGUGAGAGUUUGGUGUCAGUUAAUGGACGCUAGACGUAGUCUACACCUGCAAGCGAGGGAGCGACCUACUACGACCAUCACGUGGACCCACAACUGGACACCCCCAUACCCCAACAAUGGACUCACUAUAAGAUCGGCCUGCACCAGUACCCAAGGCGUCAGACACCCCAUCCCUUUAUGACAGCUUGCCAACUCAGCGGUACUUGUCGACGGGAUCGCACCAGCACACCCUCUGUCCUCUGCUUCAACUGCAACUUUGCACAGGCGGCAGCAUCUGCCUAUAUCUCCAGUUCUAGCAACCCCUCCUACAAUCAGCACAACCUCUUCAGCCUGCACAUGAAUUGA